AAAGGCCGAUCGAGUGAUUAUUUUCCCUCCUCCUCUUGUCAAAAAUUACAUAAUAUCAAAGCUCUUGCCCUCUUUCCAUUCUCCACGAUUUCUGUCGUGGUGAUCUCACUAUCAGUAGCUUCUCCUUCUCCAAAACUCUAGAAAAAUCAAGCGACCGAUUUCUUUCAUAUCUACCAUUCCACAAGUUAUCUUUGUAGUGUAAAAAUGUCGAGGAAGAUGCUCAUUGAUGGUGAGCUGAGCAGUUCUACUGCAGAAGAAGCUCAGUACGACUUUGAUCUGUUUGUUAUUGGAGCUGGCAGUGGCGGUGUCCGGGCAUCUAGGACUUCAGCUGGAUUCGGAGCUAAGGUUGCAAUUUGUGAGCUCCCGUUUCAUCCAAUUAGCUCAGAGGUCAUUGGAGGAAUAGGUGGAACGUGUGUCAUUCGUGGCUGUGUUCCAAAAAAGAUUUUGGUGUAUGGAGCAUCAUUUCGAGGUGAAUUUGAGGAUGCGAAGAAUUAUGGGUGGGAGCUGAAUGAGCAAGUCGACUUCAAUUGGAAAAAGCUUUUGCAUAAUAAGACACAGGAAAUAGUCAGAUUAAAUGGAAUAUACAAGCGGUUAUUGUUGAAUGCUGGGGUAACGUUGUUUGAAGGGGAGGGAAAAGUGGUUGAUUCUCAUGGAGUUGAGCUGACACAACCAGAUGGUACAAAGCACCGGUAUUCAGUAAAGCAUAUCUUGGUUGCAACAGGAAGUCGGGCUCAACGUCCUCAAAUUCCAGGGCAGGAGUUGGCUAUCACAUCUGAUGAAGCUUUGAGCUUGGAUGAGUUACCUAAACGUGCUGUGAUUCUUGGCGGAGGGUAUAUUGCUGUUGAAUUUGCUUCAAUUUGGAGAGGGAUGGGUGUUGAUGUGGACCUGUUUUACAGAAAGGAACUUCCAUUGAGAGGUUUUGAUGAUGAAAUGAGGGCAUUAGUGGCAAGGAAUCUGGAAGGAAGGGGGAUUAAAUUGCACCCAGGGACAAACUUGUCGGAGUUGAUAAAGACAGAAGAUGGCAUACGAGUUCUCACAGACCGUGGGGAAGAAUUGGUUGCAGAUGUUGUUUUAUUUGCAACUGGUCGAUCUCCAAAUACAAAGAGGUUGAACUUAGAAGCCGUGGGUGUUGAACUAGAUAAAUUAGGAGCUGUGAAGGUAGACGAGUACUCCCGCACCAAUAUUCCCAGCAUAUGGGCUGUAGGUGAUGUGACAAACCGAGUGAAUCUCACUCCUGUGGCCCUCAUGGAGGGAACCUGCUUCUCUAAAACUGUUUUCGGUGGACAGCCUACUAAAGCUGACUACAAUCAUAUACCUUGUGCUGUAUUCUGUAUACCACCUCUCUCUGUAGUGGGAGUCAGUGAACAAGAAGCUGUAGAGCAGGCAAAGGGAGAUAUUUUGAUUUUCACCUCAACUUUCAAUCCAAUGAAGAACACCAUUUCUGGAAGGCAAGAAAAAACAGCUAUGAAGCUUGUCGUUGACGCUGAGACUGAUAAAGUUCUUGGGGCAUCCAUGUGUGGUCCAGACGCACCUGAAAUUAUGCAGGGUAUUGCCGUUGCACUAAAGUGUGGAGCCACCAAGGCACAAUUUGACAGCACGGUGGGCAUCCAUCCUUCUGCUGCUGAGGAGUUUGUAACAAUGCGAUCUGUUACUAGGCGUGUCUCUGCAGCUAGUAAACAGGGCAUUACCUAAGCAAUACCACAGAGAUCGAAGAGCUUCACCUCAUCUUCUAAGUGAAGCGACAAUGCAUGAAUAAGUGAUUAAUUGAUUCUGCAUCCCAAAGACAAUGAUACAUCUCUUUGGGAUGAUCAUUUGUCUUUUCUUUUAAGUUGUAUAUUGUGAGCAUGUCUCAUCCCAAGUAUAGGAUCAUUCAUUCAUAGUAGAGGAGAAUUGGCUUUGAAUGAAUAUAUAAAAUGAUUUGACUGAGAAUCAAUUAGAUUUGUGUGAGUUUCA